AUGCGGAUAGAGCCAGCGGCCGCUCACAGGCCUCGCCUCCUGCCAUCCCUCCUCCUGGCCCUCGUCCUCCCCCACGCCCUCACCGUCCAGGCCGCCGCCAUCCAGCAGGAGAUCGUCUUUCAGAAAGAGGCGCCCGGGCAUCUCGGUGGCGUCGCCAGCGAGAGCAGAGAAUGCAGCGCCAUAGGGCGAGACUUGCUGGCGCGAGGGGGAAAUGCCGUUGAUGCGCUGGUUGGCACGACGUUCUGCGUCGGCGUCAUUGGCAUGUAUCACUCCGGCAUAGGAGGCGGCGGCUUUGCCGUGCUGCGCGAUGCCAACGGCGAGUACGAGGCCAUCGACUUCAGAGAGGCCGCGCCGGCCGCGGCCUUUGAGGACAUGUACAAGAACAAUGUCAGCGCCAGCGUGCGCGGCGGGCUCGCGGUCGGCGUCCCCAGCGAGCUCAAGGGCCUCGAGUACAUGCACACCAAGUACGGCGCGCUGCCCUGGAAGACGGUCAUGCAGGGCGCCAUUCACGUGGCUCGCCAUGGGUUUCGAGUCUCAAGCGACCUUGUGCGGUACAUGAGCAACACGGUCAAGGCCGACGGGGAGACUUUUCUUACCAAGGAUCCCAACUGGGCGACGGACUUUGCCCCUGAUGGCGAUCUGGUCAAAGAAGGGUCUUGGAUGACGCGGAAGCGCUAUGCAGAUACUCUCGAAAAGAUUUCCGAAAAGGGUUCUGAAAUCUUCUAUACGGGAGAACUAGUCGACUACGUCCAACAGACCGGCGGCUCAAUGACCCUCGACGACAUGGCACACUACGAGGUCAUCAUCCGCCCCGUCCACAACGUCACCUACCGCGGCCUCACCCUCCACGGCAUCGGCUCCCCCGCCGGCGGCGCCGUCAGCCUCCAGAUCCUCAAGAUCAUGGAGCGCUACCGCCAGGAAGACUGGUCGUCGGACCAAGACCUGUCCCGCCACCGCCUCACGGAAGCCAUGCGCUUCGCAUAUGCCGCCCGCAUCAGCCUCGGCGACCCGGCGUUUGUGGACGGCGACGUGGAGGGCUUCGAGAGGGAGAUGCUCGACCCGAGGAACAUUGACGCCAUCCACGAGAGGAUCUGGGACAACCAGACCCAGGCCACCAAGUACUACAACCCGCAUGACUUUUACGUGCCCGAGAACCACGGCACCUCACACAUUGUGGCCGCCGACAGCUCCGGCAUGGCCGUCUCCCUGACGACAACCGUCAAUCUCCUUUUUGGAGCCCAAAUCGUCGAGCCCCAGACCGGCAUCAUCCUCAACAACGAAAUGAACGACUUCUCCAUCCCCGGCGUCAGCAACGAAUUCGGCUUCGCCCCCUCCGUCGCAAACUACAUCCGCCCCGGCAAGCGCCCCCUCUCCUCCAUCACCCCCCUCAUCGCCGCCUUCCCCAACGGCACCCUCUACGCCGCCAUCGGCGCCGCCGGCGGCUCCCGCAUCAUCUCCGCCACCGCCCAGGUCCUCUGGCACGUCCUCGACGGCCACGACGAAGCCUUGGCGGGCGCCCUGCGCAGGCCCCGCCUCCACGACCAGCUCAUGCCCAACACGGUCCUGCUGGAGGAAAUGUUUGGCGACGACGUCGCCGCGGGCUUGGAGAGGAGGGGGCACAAUGUGACGUGGGUGAGGCCUGGCUUGAGCUCCGUGCAGGCGGUUAGGAGGCUUACCGAUGGGGCGUUUGAGGCGGCGAGUGAGCCGAGGCAGAAGAAUAGUGCGGGAUACACGAUAUAG